CACAUCAUCGACUCCAUCACCGCCAUCAUCGUCGUUUGUUACAAAUCACCUUUGCUUUCCCGCCCCUCCUCGGUUCCUAUUCCCCAGAUCGAACUAAUCCCCCCGUCCGGCCGUUACCCUCAGGAAGAGGCACCCGCUGCAGCAAACCCAGCCAUUAUCCAUCUACGCAGCACCGCCCUUCACUUAUCCACCACCCACCCACAGACAUACACAGCCCACCAUGAGUGGCAGUGGCGACCAAGAACGCGAGCAUGCGCUUGAAGCCUACAAGUCCAAGCUCCUCGAGUCAAGAGAGUGGGAGGCCAAGCUCAAGGCGUUGCGACUAGAGAUAAAAGGUCUACAGCAUGACUUUGACGUAUCGGAGGAGAACAUCAAGGCGCUGCAGAGUGUUGGUCAGAUAAUAGGCGAGGUGCUCAAGCAGUUGGAUGAGGAGCGAUUCAUUGUCAAGGCAUCAUCCGGCCCCCGCUAUGUAGUCGGAUGCCGGUCAAAGGUCGAUAAGGCCAAGCUCAAACAGGGAACACGCGUUGCCCUCGACAUGACAACCCUUACCAUAAUGCGCAUGCUGCCCCGCGAAGUCGAUCCCCUCGUCUACAACAUGUCGUUGGAAGACCCCGGCCAGGUCAGUUUUGGUGGAAUUGGUGGUCUGAAUGAGCAGAUUCGCGAGCUCCGUGAAGUCAUUGAGCUGCCACUCAAGAACCCCGAGCUAUUCCUGCGAGUAGGCAUCAAGCCGCCAAAGGGUGUGCUGCUCUACGGACCCCCAGGUACCGGAAAGACGCUGCUGGCCCGUGCCGUGGCGAGCAGUCUGGAGACCAACUUCCUCAAGGUUGUUUCGUCGGCCAUUGUCGACAAGUACAUUGGCGAGUCGGCGCGUUUGAUCCGUGAAAUGUUUGGCUACGCAAAGGAGCACGAACCCUGCAUCAUCUUCAUGGACGAGAUUGACGCCAUUGGUGGUCGACGUUUCUCUGAAGGUACAUCAGCAGAUCGUGAGAUUCAGCGAACCCUCAUGGAGCUACUGAACCAGCUGGAUGGUUUCGAUUACCUUGGUCAGACCAAGAUCAUCAUGGCAACCAAUCGACCAGAUACCCUCGACCCCGCCUUAUUGCGUGCUGGACGUCUUGACCGCAAGCUCGAGAUUCCCCUGCCAAACGAAGUUGGACGUCUGGAGAUUCUGAAGAUCCACUCUGGAAGUGUUGUCACAGAUGGUGAGAUUGACUUUGAGAGCAUUGUCAAGAUGAGCGAUGGAUUCAACGGUGCCGAUUUGCGCAACGUCGUAACAGAAGCCGGUCUCUUCGCUAUCAAGGACUACCGAGACUCAAUCAACCAGGACGAUUUCAACAAAGCAGUCCGGAAGAUGGCCGAGUCAAAGAAGCUCGAGGGCAAGCUAGAUUACCAGAAGUUGUAGAUUGUGAUGCUAAUCACAUUACGGCCGUGAUGAGGGUAGAGCGAUGGGCAUCAUGUACGAUAGUACGGGACGAUGACAUGGCAAUAUUAAUAAAUAAACUGCCCAAA